AAAAAGUCGGUUCCAACUUGUGGAAAAACCAAGUUCAAAUCACUGCCUCUCAUUCCCACUCAACUUCUCUAACUUAGCAUAGCUAUCAAAACACAAACAAGUUUUCACGGCUAAAGAGGUUGUUGAAGACAUUCAUAGUGUUAUUUAUGGUGUCCCUCAACCCAAACCCUCCUCAAACUUUUCACUUCUUCGACACCUUCAACAUGGAGGUUCCCAAUAAGAAGAUCCGAAAGCCUUAUACCAUUACCAAGUCCAGAGAGAACUGGACCGACCAAGAGCAUGACAAGUUUCUAGAAGCUCUUCACUUAUUCGACCGUGACUGGAAGAAGAUAGAAGCAUUUGUAGGUUCAAAAACAGUAAUCCAGAUAAGGAGUCAUGCACAGAAGUAUUUCAUGAAAGUUCAGAAGAAUGGCACAAGUGAACAUGUACCUCCCCCUCGUCCGAAGAGAAAAGCUGCUCAUCCAUACCCACAAAAAGCUUCUAAAAAUGCUCUUACUAUACCCCAAGUUAAGAGGCCAUUGCAGUCUUCAUCUUCUCUAUCUGAAUCAUCAUACAUUUAUAGGCCAGACUCAUCAUCUGUGCUUAGAACUCCAGUUAGCAGUGUGCCAUUGCCAUCUUGGAAUUAUAACGUUACACCACCAGUCAGUCUUCCUCAAGUGACUAAAGAUGAUAGGAUGUUGAGUCAACAAGCCAUUCCUUUCAAUCACUGCUAUAGCAGUAGUAAUGAGAGCACUCCUAGGGGUUGGCCAAGUAGCAAACACACAGAUCAGGCUGACCAAGGAAAGCCAAUUAAAGUAAUGCCGGAUUUUGCACAAGUCUAUAGCUUUAUUGGCAGUGUAUUUGAUCCAAAAGCAACUAAUCAUCUACAGACGCUGAAGCAGAUGGAUCCAAUAAAUGUGGAAACUGUAUUGUUAUUGAUGAGAAACCUCUCCACCAAUUUAAGGAGUCCUGAAUUUGAGAAUGAUAAAAGGUUGCUGUCAUCAUACAAUGCUAACUUGGAGAAAGGAAAAUCCGGUAGUCAUCUCAGAAACUCCCUUACUGGCAGAUCAGAGAGUGCUGUCUUAACUGCUUAAGGUCUCAUGAAACAGAUUUUAAAUAUUUUUCAAAAACACAAUAAAGUUUCCUUCAGGUACCACUAGCACCAAAUGGUGAAAUAUUAGGCACAAGAGGGGUAAGGAUUACAGGUUUUACUAACAGUUUGUAGGGUGUUUCAUGUGUGCAAGUGUGUGUGUGUGAUGUACUUUCCUUUAGGCUUUUGAGUGUAUCUUAUGAAGAUGGUUAUCCUAGGAAUGCAGGAUAAUGAGAGUCCUGCUAAGGUGACCUUUGUAGGUUGCAAUGUACAGAAUAGUCUUAGGAGGUGCUCCUUGUGUUGUAUAUAAACCAAUAAAAUAUAUCAUCCUAUAUUAAGUUACAUUGAUUAAAAG